AUGUCUCGAACAGAGGUUGAGCGGCCAGACUCCAUCCAGGAGGAGGAUCCUCACAAUGAAGAGCCCAAAAAGAAACAGAAGAACAGGAGACCUGCCAACACUGCUUUCCGCCAGCAACGUUUAAAAGCAUGGCAGCCUAUCCUCACACCUAAAACCGUGCUUCCCAUUCUCUUCGCAAUUGGGAUCAUUUUCGCUCCCAUCGGCGGUCUGCUGCUAUGGGCCAGCGCAAGUGUUCAAGAAUUGGUGAUAGAUUAUACUGAUUGCAAUUCCACCGCAACCGACGAGUUCCAACCUAUCCCUGACAGCAAGGUCUCCUCGUCCUUCAAAUCCUCCAACAAAACAACUCGACCCUUGUGGAGGGUGACUCGAAACACAACAACCCCUCCCUACAGCGUCGCCAUCGAUGAUACUCCUGUCUGCACCCUCCAGUUCUCCAUCCCCAAUGACAUCGGUCCUCCCGUCUAUCUUUAUUACCGCCUCACCAAUUUCUAUCAAAACCACCGGAGAUACGUCAAGUCUCUAGACACCGACCAGUUGAAGGGAAAUGCUUUGAGUAAUUCCAGCAUAGGAGGUAGCUCGUGCGACCCUAUUCGACGCGACGCCCAGGGAAAGGCGUAUUAUCCGUGCGGGCUGAUCGCAAACUCGCUAUUCAAUGACACCCUCAACAGUCCUAUCGCCGUCAAUUUGGCCGGUGGUCAGCCGGGGGAAACUUAUCGGAUGUCCAACAGAAGUAUCGCGUGGAGCAGCGAUGCGAGCCUUUACAAGAAGACAGAGUACACCAAUGAUCAAGUCUCACCACCUCCCAACUGGCAUGACCGCUACCCAAACGGCUACACCGACGAGAACCCUAUUCCGGAUCUGUCAACCUAUGAAGAAUUCCAGGUCUGGAUGAGAACCGCGGGUCUCCCCACUUUUAGCAAGCUUGCUCUCCGUAACGAUGAUGAUGCCAUGACUGCUGGUACCUAUCAGAUGGACAUAUAUGACUUCUUUCCUGUCAAGGUCUAUGAUGGCACCAAAAGUGUUUUGAUCUCGACCCGUACCGUGGUUGGAGGCAAGAACUCUUUCUUGGGCAUUGCCUAUGUUGUAGUAGGAGGUCUCUGCGUGGUCCUUGGUGUCAUUUUCACCGUUGCACACCUGAUCAAGCCGAGAAAACUUGGCGAUCACACCUAUCUCUCUUGGAACAACGACACUCCUUCGACUGCUACCACUACUGGCCGUGAAGCUCGACCUGGAACUGCUUGA